AUGGCGGCGGCGAAGAUGGCGGGGCUGACGCCGGGGUUCAAGUUCGAGCCGAGCGACGAGCAGCUCGUGCAGUUCUUCCUCCUGCCCUACCUGCGCGAGCUGCCGGUGCCCCUGGGCGGCCUCGUCAUCCGGGACGACCCGAGGAGCGUGCCGCCAUGGAAGCUCUUCGCGCGCAACGGCCGGGGCGACGAGGAGGACGCCUACUUCCUCGCGCCAGCCGACGGCGAGGGCCGGCAGGCGCGCACCUGCGACGGCGGCCGCGGCAGGUGGAUCACCCAGCGGCUGGAGCGCACGGGCAACCUGCGGCUCGCCGGCGGCGGCGGCAGCGGCGAGGCCGUCGUGUUCGAGAAGCACAGGCUCAACUACCACGCCGGCGAGGGGCGGUGCGGCAGCACGGGGUGGGUGAUGCACGAGUACGCCGUCGUCAAGCCCGCGGCGCUCGGCGCCCGCCACAGGGCGUGCCACAUCGCCUUCACCGGCCACGGCCAGAAGCGGAAGCGCGUGCCCGACGGCUACGUCGACGUCGAGGACGACGGCAGCAAGGCCAGCACCAACGCGGCCGCCGCCGUCCCUCCUUCCUCGACGGCGGCGAUGUCGGCGUGCCCAUCGAAUGUCACCUAUAACCAAGGGUGCCAUAUCUCGCCGGAGCAGAGCAUCGAACAGCACUUCCCCGCGGAGCAUAAUAAUAUCCAAAUCCAACAGCAAGCUUACUACCAAUCACAAGACCACGAGCAGUGCCAGUACAGCGACGAAGAAAAAUACCUGUUGCAGCAGAUCAAGCAAGAACAAUACUACUACAACCAGCAAAACUGCUUCUUGCCAGGCCAAGGCAACCAAGAACUGUACUACAACGACGAGCAGCAGCAAAUAUUCUCGUUGCCGGAGCAUCAGUGCAGCCAAGAACAGUACUGCCAUCACGACGACCAGCAAGACUGCGUCUUGCCGGAGCAACACAGCCAAGAACUACACGGGUACAACAACGAAGAACAAGGAUACCUCUUGCCGCCGGAGCCGAUCGACCAGGAGGAACAAGCCCUCUUCGUCGGCGGCGAGCCGCAGCAUGAACAACAACCCUUGACGUCAACCCCGCGGCAGGCUCUUCUUGAUUAUGAUGAUGGGAAGCUCCUGCCGCCGGUCGGCGUCAACGGCGCCAUCGCGAUCCCGCCGCAGGACGCCGCCGUGGCGUCCAACGACGACGACGGUGGGCAGGCUACGGAAGCGCCGGCUGCGAAGAUGACGGCGGAGGAGAAGAAGUGGUUCAUGGAAGAGUUAUUGACCGAGGGCUGUUGGUCUGGACCUCUUCUCUUCGACCAACCGUACUACGGUAGUGCGCUGAAGAAUUGA